GUGGCAGCAUGACAGGAGCUGUGUUUAACCCGGCCUUGGCCUUCUCCACACAGUUCCCCUGCAGUGGAAACUCCUUCCUGGAGUACUGCCUGGUCUACUGGCUGGGCCCGCUGCUGGGUAUGAUGAGCUCAGUGCUGCUGUUUGACAAACUCGUCCCUUCGCUGUUGAGGAAAUCACCGUCUCUUUCUCUCCCGCUGGAGACCAAGAAGACGACGUGAGCAUUGCCGGGCGGCCGUGCAAACCCAGAGCACACGUGGAGAUUUUGUUUCUGACAGACUGUUAAGCUGCUGCUGAUUUCAGUCGUCAGCAGAUAGAAAAAGAAGACUACUGAACACUGACAUGCUCUUUUAUAAAGACCUCAACCUGAACUUUUUUCCCCCUCCACAAUGGACUGUGAUAAUCCAGACAAUAAGUCUUUUGGAUGAUUUCACCUGAAGAGCACAUCUUAGAAGCUAAACAGAAAAGUAAAGACACUAAUUUGUUAUGUUUUUGUCUAAGACAGAACUGGGACAGGGCAUGCAAAUUGACUGGCUUUUUCCUUAACGAGGUGGUUGGUCAAACACAAAAAAUAAUGUCUAUGCAUGAGUUAUUUUACAUUUACACUCCGAUUCCGAUUCAAAACCUGUAAACGCUGCAAACGAUUUCUUUUGGAUCACCUCUAUAACUGUUCAGAAAAUGUCACUGGAAUAUUAACAUUUAUAACUAACAAAAGAAAGUUUGCCUUGUACUUGCAUGAGUUUUAGGCAGAUAUGGAAUCAAAUUUGAUUUUCAGGAUCAGACAGGAUCCACACAGCCUGAUAUCUGGUAAUGAAACAAGAUUGUAGUUGCAAUAAUAUACAUUGAGCCAAGUAUUGUUUUUGUGUAAUAGCACAA